GACUGUCUACGUCAUGACGCAACGCGGAAGUUGUUCCGUUAGCAUGGAAGCGCCCUUGGCAGGCGUGUUGUCAAACAUCAACAUAUGCCGGUCAAAAGCACUUUUGCGAGUCUCACAAGAGGGAAAGAGCCGGUAACGGAACAUGGAAAGACAACAGUUCGUCGCGUCCCUUGUGGCUGGAGGUUGUGCAGGGAUGUGUGUGGAUCUUACCCUCUUUCCUCUGGAUACUAUUAAGACCAGACUGCAGAGCCAGCAAGGUUUCUACAAGGCUGGGGGCUUCAGGGGAAUCUACGCAGGGGUCCCAUCUGCUGCUCUCGGCUCCUUUCCCAAUGCGGCUGCCUUUUUUGCCACCUACGACUGUGCAAAGUCCCUUCUUGGCUCUUGUGGAGUGCUUGCUGAGCCAUCGGUAGCACCUGUUACGCACAUGCUUGCUGCCUCCUUGGGUGAAAUGGUGGCGUGUUUGAUCCGAGUGCCCACAGAGGUGGUCAAACAGCGGACCCAGGCCUCCCCCUCAUCCAGCACAUACCACAUGCUUGUGGUUACACUCCGAGAAGAGGGUGUCCGAGGCCUGUAUAGAGGAUUCAGGAGUACGGUUCUCAGAGAGAUCCCGUUCUCUCUGGUGCAGUUUCCACUUUGGGAAUAUUUAAAGACUCAGUGGUCACAGAGGCGAGGUCACACGCUCCACUCUUGGCAGGCUGCAGUGUGCGGAGCUUUUGCAGGUGCGGUGGCUGCAUUUGUUACCACUCCUCUUGAUGUGGCAAAGACUCGGAUCAUGUUGGCAAAGGCCGGGUCGACCACAGCGAACGGCAACAUCCUGCUGGUGCUCUGUGACGUGUGGAAGAGUCGGGGGCUUACUGGGCUGUUUGCAGGCAGCAUACCGAGGAUGACUGCCAUCAGCGUGGGAGGGUUCAUUUUCCUUGGAGCCUACGAGAAAGUGCGGCGCUCUCUUCUGCCGGAGCGGAACCACGCUAAGCUGAGCUAACGGCGGGCGAUGUGGAGCUGUGGCCCAAGCAAGAAGAAGUCAGCGGGAAUAUCAGGCAAAAGGUCUGUGGAGCAAAGAAAUGCUGUGAUGCUGACUCAGCAUUACUAGUAUGUGGAAGACAGCUUUUGUGCAGACCAUCUAUUUUUCUUUUUACCGAACAUUUACUUGAAUAUGACGACUGGUACUGUGA